AUGCACAUCUGCAGCGGUAUCCUGGUAGCCAUUAAGGCCGUGGCGCUCAUUAGUGUGAUAGGAACAGAGAGCCGGGUCAGGCCAGAUGUGGUUCUGACCAGGAUGGGGCCGGGGGACGGACGCAUUGAAGUCUUCGGCGAAGGGUUUAUGUGUCAAAGUGGAUACGAGGGUGGGGGUCUUCACCUCUCCAGCGGGACGGACAUCGAGUACCCCGGCGCGGACAGGACAGAGACAGGGCGAGAUCACGAGUAUGAAACCACAAGAAAAGACCUGGCCCUGGUGACCUUGGUAGAUGUGUGGCCGUCCGCAGGGCUUCUCAAUGGUUCAUUCAUCUUCACGCUGGCCGCACGUAUCUCCAUCCCUCACUUUUCAUUCCCACCACAGGCCGGCGGUGCCUUCAAACCGCACGGGACACCCCUCCGUCUGGACAGCGCGCCGGGCAAGGCUCAACAGGUCGGCCUGUUCCGUAUCCAAGUUUCUGGAGUUGGGACCAACGUUCCCUCGAAGAUUCCAGAGUGCUACACGGCCAACGGAGAGGACUACAGGGGCUUCCAGAACCAGACCAGCCUGCAUGGCGGUAAACCCUGUCUCUUUUGGAACGAGACCUUCCAGCACCCCUACAACACACUGAAGUAUCCCAAUGGCGAGGGCGGCUUGGGCAGGCACAAUUACUGCAGGAAUCCGGACGGCGACGUCCAGCCGUGGUGUUACAUCGCCGACCACGAAGAUGGAAUCUACUGGCGAUACUGCGACAUCCCGACGUGCCGCAUGCCGGGUAACCUGGGCUGCUUCCGAGACAGCGGCGACCCCCCCGCCCUCUCCGGCGCCACCGAGACGUCCAACAAGCUCACCAUCCAGAACUGCAUCAGCUUCUGCAGGAAGCAAAGAUACAAGCUCGCCGGCAUGGAGUCGGGGUACGCUUGUUUCUGCGGCAACGAAGUGGACCUGCAGGACCACGACGAGUCCCCCGGCAUGGAGUGCAACCACGUGUGCUUCGGCGACCACACCCAGCCGUGCGGCGGAGACGGCUGGGUCAUCGUCUUCGACACCCGGGUGGGGUCGUGUGGGGGGAACCUAACCUCCCCGUCCGGAGUCAUCUACUCGCCCGACUUCCCGGACAAAUACGGAGCCAGCCGUGUCUGCUACUGGACGGUGCAGGUGCCCGGAUCCUCGGCCAUCCUGUUCAACUUCACCUUCUUCGACAUCUCGGAUCAGGCCGACAUGGUGGAGCUGCUGAACGGCUACACCAACCAGGUGGUGGCGCGCUUUGACUGGCGCAGCCCCCCGAGAGAGGUGGUCAACAUCACUGGAGACUUCGUCAUCGUUUACUUCUUCUCGGAUCGCACCAACCAAGCCCAGGGUUUUGCUCUGCUGUACCAAGCGCUGAGGAGCCAAAGUGAGGAGGAGGAGGAGGACGACGACGACGGCUUCCUAAGCACGGUGGCACCACCUCAGCCACCCGCCACCGUCACCGACAGGUCCAACCUCACCUCCAAAGGACGCUCCACGCAGAUCCUCUACGUCAUCACGUCCAGCCCCGGCAAACCGGAGCACAACAUGCCAGGUCAGUGGGCUGGACCCGGCGAGACCCACAACGCUACGCAUGCACCGGUCCAGUGCCACCCUCAUGCAGCAUUCAGCGGCGCUUCUCGGCCAUUCCUAAACGUCCAAGCUUGGUUGGUUAGACAGGAAGAGAGAUACGAGGGAAGAGGGGGAGGGGAGAGAUCUGGAAGGCUGAUGGAGAAAGGUGGAAGUAGAAGUGAAGAAGACAAGGAAGAGAAUGGAGAUGAGGAAAGUGAGAGUGGGCACUCCACGUGGGUCCCAAGCCAUGCUCCGAGGCAGCGUCCAGUCAGGAUGAUGAGGAUGAGCGGGGAGUGA